AUGGGCUGGCUAACACUCAAUGACAGAUACAAAGCACUCACGGUAGAGACGGUCAGCACCCAUGGCCUGUUAUAUACGUGGCAUGGUACAGAAGACGAUCUCAAGCCGCUCCUACUCAUGGCACAUUCUGACGUUGUUCCUGCUGGAGAGUCCACUUCCGAGGAGUGGACUUACCCUCCUUUUUCGGGCCGUUAUGAUGGUGACUUCGUUUGGGGCCGUGGCUCUGAAGACGACAAGUCUAAUCUGAUUGCAAUGUUGACGGCGAUUGACUGUUUGCUCGCCUGCAACUUUCAGCCCCAACGAACUGUGAUUGUUUCAGUCGGCUUUGACGAGGAGGGGGGUGCCGAGCAAAGUUACGGUGCCCGAUGCCUUGCAGAGACCUUGCUGGAGAGAUACGGUGAAUACGGAAUCGAAAUGAUUUUUGAUGAAGGCAUCGCCGGGAUUGAGAAUCGAUUUGGGACCGACUUCGCUUUGCCUGCAACGGCGGAAAAAGGGUAUAUCGAUGUAACCGUCAAGGUCAGCGCACCUGGGGGACACUCUUCCACACCACCUGAUCAUACUGCCAUUGGCUUUUUGUCACAAGUCAUUGGCCUCAUCGAGGACCAUCCUUUCAAAUCUCAACUCGUCCGACAAAAUCCGACGCUAAUAUAUCUUCGACAAGCCGCACUCCAAUCCAAGACGAUGCCCCAAGAUUUACGGGAAGCCAUACUUGGUGCGCAGUCGUCCAAGAAGAUCCUUGAUUAUAUGGACGGUGAUCGCGAGAGACGAGCUAUGGUCAGAACUUCCACGGCGGUCGAUGUAAUUCAGGGCGGCGAUAAAGUCAACUCCCUUCCCGAGAAUGUUAGCGUCCUCGUCAAUCAUCGCAUUGCCAUUCAAGACUCGGUGCAAGCUGUCAAAGAUCAUUACGUCCGGUUGCUCAGCCCAUGGGCCAGGAAAUGGAAUUUCAAAUUUCAUGCCUUUGAUGGCGAGACCUCGACACAAGCCACCAACCCCACAAUUCAAUCGGAAAACAAUUCUGACUCGGGCGACCUGACCCUGACCGCGCAGUAUGAACUUGAACCGUCGCCGGUCUCGGAGGUCGACGAUGCCCGAUUCAGAGCGCUCGCCGGUACCAUCAAAGGUGUGUUUGGCGACGAUGUGGUCGUUGCUCCUGAGUUAUUGAGUGGGAAUACCGACACCAGGUACUAUUGGAAUCUGUCACCUCAGAUAUACCGAAUGUCGCCGUGGCGUGCACAUCAUGACCCGCGGGGCACCCGAAUGCAUACCAUCGACGAGAGAAUGCCUGUCGAAGGUCUCAUGGAGAUGGUCAAGUUCUACCACGAAUUUAUUCGUGUCGUUGACGAGCUUCAUGUGUGA